AUGGCCGAGCAAGAAGAGCACCACCACCCUCAUCGAACGCAGGCCUCGGCUAAUAUCACAUCGGCUAGUGAUGGAUCUGUAUCACAAGUACAUGUAAAUGUGUCCGAUUCCGAUGGAAUAUUUAAUCCUAGUGGCAAUCCACUCACCACGACAACAAUAAGUACCAUUGCUGUACAAGCUGGUGAAGCUAGAAUUGUUUUAGCUGUACUACGAAGUUCAGACAUUGUUCGAGUACGUAUUCAACAAAUGGAACCCGAUCUAAUGGAUAUCGGCUCAACUCUUGGUGAUACAAUUAAAUAUCAAAAUGUUCAUGAAGAGUUAAUUAGUAAAUUGAAGGCUAAACAAGAUAAUAUAACAGAAUUGCUGACACGUGCAGAUGAUCUUGUUACUCAACAAAAAUCUUACAACGAAGUCUAUGAAGCAAUGGCACGUAGUUUAGGUGAAGCAUGGAAAGAACUCAAUCUACAAUUGGAAGGUCGAAGAAAUUUAUUAAAUCAAGCUAUACGUUUUCAUACAAUAGCCGUUCGAUUCACUGAUCAGGUUAACGGUGCUCGUUCAUGGUUUAGUUCAUUAGAACAAGCUAAUUUUGAUAAUAAACCAUUAAAUAUAUUAUUUGACGAACACGAUGCAUUUCGAAAAGAAAUUUUAGAAGCAUCAUUAGAUACAUUAAAUGAAGGACAACUAUUACUGGAACAUGUCAAAGAUUUAGGUUCAUUAAUUGAAUCAGCAAAUCAACAUAUAACUAUUGCUGCUUGCUAUGAAAUUGAACAGCUACUUGGUUUACAUCAAGAUGAACGACGUAAAUUUGAAGAUGAAUGGGAACGAAAUAGAAAAAUUCUUAGUGACUAUGUGCAAAUGUCAGAAAUAAAGCAUGAAAUUGAUCAAAUAUUUGAUUGGUUAGAAAAACAAGGUAAAUCCAAUUCAGACAAUACUGACCUUGGACAAACUUUAGAUGAUAUUGAACGAUUACAAAUGAUUCAUAGAAAUAUUGAAGCUGAAUCACAAACAAUUCAUGAUCGAGUUAUUCGUUGUAUGCGUGCUGUUGAUACAUGGGUGCAUACGGGUUUAACACGAGCCGAUCGUUUACAUGCAUAUGCGCAUACACUUUUAGUAUUGUGGGAAAAAUGGGCACUUAAACUUGAUAUUCGGCGUCGACUUUUGAGAUUAGCACAUCAAUUUUAUAUUGAUUCAUCAAAUGCUUUUUCAACUCUUGAUACAAUCGAUGCACAUCUGUUAUCUCUAACGUCAAAUUAUUUAUGUUCAAGUGAAGAUCUUUUACGUGAAUACAAUCAAAUCAACGAACAAUUAAUUCAAUCGACAGAGAUUCCACUACGUCAAGGACAUCUUUUAUUAGAGAAAAUGCAAACAAACGAAUGUAAAUCACCAAUUUUACGUGAGCGUGUUUAUGAUUUAGAAAAACGUCUUGAACAUAUAAGAAAUAAAUUACGUGAAGAAUAUGAAAAAUUAGAUCAACAAGGUUCAUCCUUAUAUCAAACAUUUGAUAAUGAAUGUACAGCGGCAGAAGCAUGGCUAUUUAAUGUCGCAGAAAAUUUUCUAUAUUCAACAAGAUUUUUAAUUGAUUCAAAUAAUUCGAUUGAUACAAAGAAACAAGCAAAUGAUUUCUUAGAAUCUCAUCAACAGAUUAUUGAAUGUGAUCUCAAGCGUCGUGAAGAAGAUAUUCAUCGUCUUGGAACAUUAGUUCAUGAAUUACAAGCAAGCAAUGAUCGAAGUUGGCAAAUAGCUCGAACACGAUAUGAUAAUCUAUAUUCUCUAUGGCAAAAAGUAUCUGAUAAAAUCAUUCGGCGUCAUUCACUUGCUAAAUCCUAUGUAGAUUUUCAAAAUCAAGCCGAACAAUUAUCAAAUGGUUUAGCUAGUAUUGAUGAUGUUAUACGUUUUCGAGAUAAUAUUGAUCUAUUACCUGAUUCAGCAAUAAAGCAUAUUGAACAAACAUGGCUCACUCUACGAAAUAAUUAUCACGAACUAAUUAAUAGUAGCAAACGUAUUCGAAAUACUUUAGAAACAGAAUCUGAACAAAUCAGUUUACAAACAAACGAUACUUAUCGUACAGUCGUUAAUCAAUGUGAACAAAUUACACGUAGAUUUGAACAAAUUUCGUCUAGUUUCGAUGCCUGGAUUCGAAAAUUAGCAAAUUUAAGAGAUUUUAAAAAUCAGUGGGAAAACUUUGUUGAUAAUUCACGACAAACCAUCGAUAAAGUUCAUCGAUUUGAAUUAAACAUUGUUCCAGCACAAAUAUCAACCACUGAUAAUGUUGAAACAUAUCAAAUUUUGCUGAAUGAUUUUGCAAAUCGUGUUCAAGAAAUAACACGUGAAGUUGAAGAUCGUCUAAAAACUGCUGAACAAUUAGGUGCACGAGGUGAAACAAAUGGACAGAAAGAACAAAUUGUUAAUGAACUUAUUAAAACUCAACAACAAUUUUUAACACGAAUUAAUCAAACACGUAGUUUUCUUCAUACCAUGGUAAAUUAUUAUAAAAAUGCAUCCAAAAUGGAAACACAAUUUGUUAAUAACGAACGAAUGCUUUUAUCAUUACCAACUGAUAUUCGUAGUACUGAAGUUUUAGUAAGACAAUAUGAAACAGAACGAGAAAAAAUUCUUCAAACGUAUGAACAAUGUAGACAAGAUGCAUCACUAGCGGAAAACAAAGCUAAACAGUGUGGAGUAAAUUUAUUUAUUGAUGAAAUGUAUGCAAAACAACAACAAAUCGAGCGAAAACAUUCUCAAUGGCAACAGCAAUAUGAUGAAAAUCGAUCAAAAUUAAAACAACGCGUUGAAUGGUGUCAAUUUAUAGAUGAUAAAAUCAAAAUUGUUUACGAACUGGAUUCAUUACAACAAGAAAUCGAUAAACGAAAACGAAAUAUUCCUCAAACAUACAAAGAAGCUCUCAGUCGUACUGAAGCAGCUCAUGAAAUAAAUCGUCUCUAUGAUAAUUGUGAACGAUCGGUUCGAAGAUUUCGUACAACAGCUGAAAUUAUGCUUCAACAAAAACAUCCAGACUAUCAACACGUUGAUAAUGAAAUAAAAGAUGUAGAAAAUAAAUUGUCGACUAUCUAUAUAUCAAUUGGAAACUAUCGACAACAUGUUGAAAAAACAACCGUCUAUUACAAACUUGUCGAUGAGAUUGAACGUUGGCAUCAAGAAUCUAGUCAACUUCUAUUACAAGUCGGUACAGAUAUAAUGCAUUGUAAUACAGAACAUGAUGCUAAAAGACUUCUUGAUAAAGUUACACGAGCUAUCGAUCAAGGAAAAGAAUAUGAACAAGAGAAAAUGAAACAUAUUAGUGCAUUAGCCGUUGAAGUUUUUGGACAAAAUGAUGGACAUCAUCAAAUAAAACAUGUUACAUCACGAAAUAUUGAAUUAAUCAAUGCAUUUAUUAAAGUUCAUCAAGAUAUUUCAACGGUUCAACGUAAUUUUGAACAUCGAAAAGAUUAUCAAAGAGAGACUUUCUCAACGAAUAAACAGCUUCCUGUUUUUGUUAAACCAAUCAAAGAUACAACAAUUACUGAAGGAACAAGAUUUUCAUUUGAAUGUAUUAUUGAGGGAAACGAACCGAUCAAUGUUGAAUGGCUUAAAGAUCAAACAAUUAUUUCAUCAUUAACGCAUGAUAUUCAAUAUGAAAGAGGUUUAGCUACGUUAACACUUGCCGAUGUACACAAAGAUGAUUCAGCUUAUUAUACAUGUAAAGCAAAUAAUUCGGCAGGAACUGUAGAAAGCUCAGCCUAUCUCAUUGUUAAAGCUGCACCAUCCAUAAUUACUAUUGAAAAUAAAUAUCAACCUCACUACGCUCCGACAUUUAUUGAACUAUUACGUUCACAAGAUGCUCUUAUUGAUUCAACAGUUGUAUUCGAAUGUAGCGUUUACGGUGAACCAAUACCGAGUGUGACAUGGGAGCACAAUGGGAUUGAAUUAUGUAAAGGUCAUUCUUCAUCAGAUUCACUAUCGAAACAUCAAUUAUAUCGCUUAGUACUUCACAAUGUUAAAUUAACUGAUGAAGGAAAAUAUGCUUGUAAAGCAACAAAUGUUAGUGGUGAAGCAAUAUCCGUAGCUGAUCUUCGUAUUUAUUCAAAUCAACAGCAACAACCACAACCACAACCACAACAACAACAACAACAACAACAACAUGACAUAAUGAUGUCGUCGGGAUACGAGCCUCGCCUUACUGAACCAUUAAAAGCAUCAUAUAUAAUUCGCGAGGGACAACCUGUUAAACUUUCAUGCCGUUUUGACGCUAAUCCAAAAGGUGACAUUCUAUGGCUAAAAGAUGGAAUACCAAUUGACUUCGAAGCUCUAGGCAUUUCACGUGAUUUCAAGAUUGUCAGAGAAGUUGAUUAUACAGCGUUAUUAAUAACUGAAACUUUUCCAGAAGAUACAGGCUCGUAUACAGUUUCAAUUCGUAAUCCAUUGGGUGAAGCACGUUCAUUUACACGAUUAACUGUUGAAGAGUUUUUUUGUCGAACACCCGAAUCGGAAAUGUCCGAUACAUCAUGUAGACCUGUUUUCGUUCAACCUCUUCGUGAUACAACAAUAACCGAAGGACAAAAAUUAAAAUUACAUGCAGCAAUCAAUGCUCAUCCUGAACCAGAAAUUAUUUGGUAUUGUAACAAUAUUCCAUUGAAAAGUUCACGUGAUGUUACAAUAACAUUUGAUGGACAAUUAUGUACAUUAAUAAAAGAUAAUUGUGAAAAAGAAAAUGAUGCUGGAUUAUAUCGUAUUACAGCUGUGAAUUCGAUGGGACAAGCUGAAUCGAUUUGUCAAGUAAAAAUACAAUCAAGAAAUUCAAUAAUAUUCAAUGAGCGUACACAAUCGAUGCGUUCACCGCCAGUUAUUCUUCAACCAUUAGAAAGUACAACUGCUCAUGAAGGUGAACGAAUUAUUUUUCAAAUACGCAUCAGUGGACAACCUAAACCGCAAAUUAUUUGGUACAAAGAUAAUCAACCGUUAAGAAAUACGCAUGAUCAUAAAAUUCGCAAUCAAGAUGAUAUUUAUACACUUGAAAUACCUGAACUAUUUAUGGAUGACGCAGGUAUUUAUAUGGUUAAAGCAAUUAAUAUUGAAGGUGAAGCUAAAUGUGAAAGUUCAUUAAAUAUUUUACCUUCGAUCCCUAAUAUUUUACCUUCGAUUCCUAAUAUUUUACCUUCGAUCCCUAAUAUUUUACCUUCGAUCCCUAAUAUUUCAAUGACUAAUCAACAAAUGAAUAUUCAAUCAGAUGGUUUUCCACCUGAAUUUUUACAAUUAUUUACUGAUCGACCAACAUCAGUUAAUUCAACAAUUAAAUUUGAAGCUAGAUUGAUUGGUACACAGCCUUUAAAUGUAUAUUGGUUAUUUAAUCGGUCACCAAUAUCGGCUCUGGAAAAUAAUCAACGUUAUCAACAACAGUAUUUUAAUGACACUUAUUCAUUAACAAUACACGAUGUUCAGUUUGAAGAUGCUGGGCGAUAUACAUUAAAUGCAGAAAAUGCAUGGGGGAAGGCUACCUGUACUGCUGAAUUAUUUGUUCCACCGAGUGGAAUGUCAGUCGAAAUGUCACCUUCUCCACCUUCAACUCGAAAACGACACAUUGAAACUACUCAACAACAACAACAACAACAACAACAACAAACAUCUUCAGCAAAUACACGUUCAUAUGAACAAGAUUAUGAACGUCGACAAGAAUCAUCAUUUAUCUCGUCGAAUACCAAUAAACGUUAUCGUCCAUUACAAUCGUCACUUGAACGAGCACAUUCGUUGUCACGUGAGGAUGAACAUCGUCGACGUCAAUAUCCAAAAUCUAUUGAUGUUUUUAUUCCUUAUGAUAUACUUGAGAAACAACGCGAUCAACAACAACAACAACAACAACCUGUAAAAUCUUCAACUACGACACGAAGUUAUGAAUAUGAAGUUGAAGAGAGACGACGUUCGUCAUCGGCCAAUGUUAAACAACAACGUAAAAUGGAUUUUGAUGAAGAACAAGAAUAUUUACAUUGUUUACGUGAUUUAACAAAUGAAUAUGAAAAAAAUAAACGCCAAAAAAAGUCAUUUGAUACUCGAAAGAAAACAACAACUACUGAUACACAAGAACAAUAUGAGAGCGUCGAAGAAGUAUAUCGUCAACGACCAGUAACGACAACAACAACUACUACAGAAGAAUUUAUAAAGCAAUCAACAUAUCGAAUACCAACAACAACAACGACAGGAAUAUCAUCAUCGAUGACUCGUCUAAAUCAAUUUGAAAAGCAAUUUAUUGAUAAUUUUGCAGUUCGUCCACAACAGGAACAGCAAUCAUCAAUAUCAUAUACGACACGUAAUGAAGGUGACCAACGUUUAACAGAAUCACAACGUUCAUUUUCAGAAGAAUUACUUUUUAAACGUUUAAUACCAACAGCUAAACAAUUAUAUUCAGCAACAGCAAGUGAAGCUGGUUUCGCUACAAGUGACGAUGAUUUAACAACUAUGGAAUAUCGUAUUAAACGAAAAGAACGUUUAAAGCCUAUACGUAUUUAUUCGUCAACAAGUUCGAUACCAGGUGAAACAAGUGUUAAAUAUGUUCGCACGGAACGUCAACCUGUUCAACUUCUUGUUCCAAAACCACAAAUAAUAACAACACAAGGUGAACAUUCAACAACAAUUGUAAAAGAUGUUCGACGUUCAACAGGAAAAAUAACAACAAAUAUACAACAACAGCAUCAACGAGCAACAAUUGAAGGCGAACAUGAAUUACGUAUUAUUAAAGAGCCAAUAUCAUUUGGUCAAAAUCGAACAGUCGAAUUUACAAUACCUAAACCAAUUGAUAUUCCACCAGCGGAACAUUCAUCAACGUUUGUUGUUGAAUCGAAAAAAGGUGGACGUUUUCAAACACUUGAUAUCAGUAGUGCACUAACAGGUGAACAUACACUUGCUGGUGAACACGAACUACGCGUUAUAUCGGAACCAAUAUCAGCUGGCUUACAUAACAAAGCAGUCGAAUUAUUAUUUCCUAAACCACCAUUACCACCACCGCCAAGCCAGCAUUCGUCAACAGUUGUUAAACAAACGCGUGCGCCGCCGUCUAGUGUUGUUUUUGAUAAUAUUCAAACGACACUAAAAGGUGAACAUGAAUUACGUCGAGUUGAUCAACCAAUAGAAUCAGGUGCUAUGGAUAGUGUCGAGUUAAUAGUACCGAAGAGUUUUACUGAAACAGCUGAACAUACAACCACCAUUGUAACUGAAACGCAACCGCAAAGACGUGUUUUAGAAAUUACUGGUAGUGGUAGAAAAAUGGAAAGUGAACAUGAAACAAAAUAUUUUCAUGAUGCUGUUCGUAUUGAAGAAGAAAUUGAAGUUAAAUUACCUAAGCAACAAAUCGAACUUCCUGAACAUACAACAACAAUUAUUAAACAUAGUCGAGGUAGAGGACCAAUUAUUGAGGUUGACACAACACAACGAACAAUUCAAGGCGAACAUGAAACGAAAAUUAUUGAAGAAUCUAUUGAAGCACGAGCUGAUGCUAUGCAAUUGUUAGUUGCUAAACCGCAAGGAUCAGCAGAACAUAGUACAACUGUUGUUAAAGAACAGCGUGGUAAACCAUAUAUAUAUGCUAUUGAUAAAACACAACCAAUUCCUGGUGAAUAUGAAACAAAAUAUUACGAUAGACCAAUUGAAGCCUUUGGUGAAAUGCACGUUGUUUUCCCAAAACAGCAACCUGUUAUUGGCCCAUUAGAAGGUGAACAUAUGUCAACAUUAGUUAAACAAGUUCACGCAAGACAAGUCGUUUAUGAUGAUCGUCUUCGUGAAAUUCCUGGUGAACAUGCAUUAACAGUUGUGGAUAGUUCAACAACACAUAUGGAUAGAGGUACUGAAAGUGAAAUCGAAUUCAUUGUACCGAAACCACAAAUUCAACGUUUCGAAGAACAUUCAACAACUGUUUUAAAGAAUCUAUCGCGUCGUCCAAUAGGUUCAAGUGGUUAUGAUGAAGUAUUUGCUUCAUCAGCUGGUGAAGACGAAAAUAUUCGUCGACGUUAUCGUUAUCAAGAGGAAGAAGAAAGUGGCUGGACUAGUGCUGGUGAACAUUCAACAACUUAUGUUAAACAAGCACGAGCUAAAUAUGAACCAAUUGAGCUUGUUGUUGAUCGACCAAGAAUUAUGCCAAGUGUAUCAACAUUAAUUGCUGAUAUACAAGCACCAACACAAAUCACAUCAAUAAAACCAACAACAAUACUUAUACCCCAAGAUAGUUCAGUUAAAUUAGAUAUGGACUUGAAUAAUCAAUAUUUGCAAGAACAAUAUGAUGAAAUGGAAUUAGUCUUAGAAAAACCUUAUAUACGUGAUAGUUCAACAAAACUAAUUGCAAGUAUUCAACCUGGUUUAGAAAUAAAAUCAUUUCGACCAACCACAGAUAUGCAAUUACAAACGAAAACUGCUGAAGAAAGUAGUUCGUCAUUAACGAUGCAAAUGCAACAAGAACAAGAAGAAUCAGUAGAACUUCGUAUACGUAAACCGCAUAUACAGGAUAGUUCAAGUGUUCUUAUAGCUAAUAUUCAACCUGAAUUAGGUAUACAAGGACAAUUAAAAGCUAGUCCUUAUAUUCUACCGCCUGUUGAAGAAUCAAGUACAGCAUUAACAAUGGAUUUAAAUGCCGAUCAACCAACAGCACCAUUCGAAUUAAUUAUACCACGCAUUGGUGUUGAAUCAUCAACAAAUACAAUUCUUGCACAAGUAGCACCAGCAAUGGCUGGUAUACGUGCUAAACUCGAUGGACCUAAAGUUGAAAAAUCGACAUCAAAAUUUGUUCUUGAACAAAAGAAACGUUUUGAUGAAGAAGUUGAAUUAAUUAUGCCUAAACCAAAACGUAUUGAAACAAGUACAUCGACAAUGCUUGCUGAUGUAGCAGCAAAAUUAGAAACUAAACAAAUACGUGCAAGUCAAGUACAACCAGAAAAAUCAACAUCAACAUUUUAUCUCGAUGAUACAGUACAACAAGUUGAACCACAACCAGUUGAAUUACGUAUGAGACAACCAAUUAUAGGUGAAAGUUCAACAACAGUAUUUGCCAAUGUUAAAGCAACAUUAGAUACACAACACAUAAAAGUACUCGGAAAUCCAUAUCAAACUAUUGAAGAUAGUUCGUCAGCUAUUAUGCUUGAUACUCUAUCGGAACAACUUCAACCAUCUGAAGUUGAGCUUAUUCUUCCUCGUCCACAAAUACAAGAGAGUAAAUCCGUUAUUUAUGCUGAUGUUCGUCCAACACUUGAUACAUCACAGACACAUAUUGUUAUUCCACCACCUAUACAAUAUCCUGUUAAAUCAAGUAGUGAACUUAUUUUACAACAAGAUACUAUUGAAGCACAACCUGUCGAAUUACAUUUACAUCGUCAGCCAAGUUCACAUACUGUUAUGGCUCGUGUAGAUGAUAAACGAGCGAAAACUAAAGAUAAGUAUGUUUUCAGUGGACAAGAUCAAAAUUAUGGUUAUCAAAUACGGGAUAGUUCAUCAACAUUAUAUACAGAUUUAAGUAGACCCGUUGAAUCGAAAUAUGCUGCUGACAAUCGUAGAACAGCAUCGAUGUCUGAUCAGCAACGACGAGACUAUAAUUCAAGAGUAACAACAAAAGAACGAAUGAGUAUGACAACUGGCAGUACUAUCGGAGCAUCAGAAAAUAGUACAACAUUGAUUACUGAAAUCGAACCACGUCAAUUAGAACCAGUUGAAUUCAUAGUUUCAGGUAGUAUAACUGGUACUAAUAAUAGAUUAGAACCAUACACAACUAAUGAUACUAGUAAUUUUACAACAACAACAACAACACAACGAACUAUGUCAUCAAUAAAUAAUAACGGAUAUAAUCAAAGAGCAAACAUGGAUUUAAAUCAAAGUUAUCCACCCUAUUUUCUCGCUUCUUUACGUGAUCAAACAGUUCGAGAGGGUGAAUCUGUACUUUUUGAAGUUGUUGUAUCUGCUUUACCAUUAGCAGAAAUUAUGUGGGAUAAAGAUGGCGAAAUAUUAAGCGUUGAUUCAGCAUUUCGCAUUGAUUAUUAUAGUGAUGGUCGAGCAACACUUUAUAUACCAGAAACAUUUUUAGAGGAUCAAGGUUAUUUUACAUGUACAGCUAAAAAUUCAAUAGGAUCAUGUCGUUCAACUGCACGCCUUAUGAUCAAAGCAACAAGUGAGCGAUUGUCACCAACACGUCGCGAAAUGCAUAACACAACAUCUAUUUCUUCAGCAACUACUCAAUAUCAACAACCCACAGGCAGAACAAAUCAACAACCAGCAUCCUAUCGAGUUUACUCACAAACAGACCCAGCAAGGAUAUCACAUCAAGGAAGUCUACCCAAAGUUAUAACACAAACUACUGAAGAAACCGAAGUUAUACAUAUCCCUCCUCAACAAGAACAACAACGCAAUGAAAUAUCCUAUACGGUUCAAGAUAAAAAACCAAAAUUCGAACCAGUUGCAUUUCAAGUUUCAGCUGUUCAACAAAAUACUCAACCAGGAAUGAAAACUGACGGUAGUGAUCCAAAUCCGUUUAAAAUUUUUGGUGCUAAAUUACGUAGUCGACCCGUUAAAGGCAUUGUUCCAUCGUAUGAUGAUCAAGCGACAAAUAAUUAUUCACAACAAGAUCAGUUCAUGUCUUAA